CUCUCAGUCCUAUCCAAUACACACAUCUCUCUCUCUCUCUCUCUCUCUCUCUCUCAUAAUGAUGGCGACUGCGUUUGGGAUCUGCUUGUGGUUGGCCGUUACGGCUUCCUUUCUCUUAACAGCUACAAACGCCAAAAUCCCCGGCGUUUACAGUGGCGGACCGUGGCAGAACGCACACGCCACUUUCUACGGCGGUAGUGACGCCUCCGGAACCAUGGGUGGCGCGUGUGGAUACGGGAACUUGUACAGCCAAGGAUACGGUGUGAACACGGCGGCGUUGAGCACUGCUCUGUUCAACAACGGAUUUAGCUGCGGUGCUUGCUUCGAGAUUAAGUGUACCGACGACCCGAGAUGGUGUGUCCCGGGAAAUCCGUCGAUUCUUGUGACGGCGACGAACUUUUGUCCGCCGAAUUUCGCUCAGCCGAGUGAUGACGGAGGAUGGUGCAAUCCGCCGCGUGAGCACUUUGAUCUCGCUAUGCCUAUGUUCCUCAAGAUCGGUCUCUACCGUGCAGGCAUUGUCCCCGUCUCCUAUCGCAGGGUACCUUGUCGGAAGAUAGGAGGGAUAAGGUUCACAGUAAACGGGUUCAGAUACUUCAACCUUGUUCUGGUAACUAACGUUGCCGGGGCCGGGGAUAUCAACGGAGUUAGCGUGAAAGGAUCAAAGACAGAUUGGGUGAGGAUGAGUCGUAACUGGGGACAGAACUGGCAGUCUAACGCCGUCCUCAUCGGCCAAUCACUUUCUUUCAGAGUCACCGCCUCUGACCGACGUUCUUCUACCUCGUGGAAUGUUGCUCCUCCCUCGUGGCAGUUUGGUCAGACUUUCUCCGGCAAAAACUUUCGAGUCUGAGAAGACUCUGAACUCUGAAACCACCACACACAAAGAAUCAAAACGUUUUUUUUUUUCCAAUGAAGACAAAACAAAACAAUACUCAAGAGAUGUUAUUUUUAUUUUUAAGACUAUGGAAGAGGAGAGAGAUCAGAGACAUCAUUUUCCAGCCCUGGGUUUCUCCCUUUAAUUUUCUCGGGAAAUAUUCCGGUGGCUUUGGGAAAUUAUUUUACUUUGUUUUUGAAGAAUUAUUAUCAGCAAAUUUUAUUUUAUUUCGUUGGUGUCAUCUUCUGCUAAUAAAAAGCCAGAGAAUGUAGACAGGCUGUGAUUGAGUCUGAUGGACCGUGUAAUGGGCCCUUGGGCCAAGUUUUUCUCUACUUAUUUAUAAUCUGGCUGGAUUCGAUUUC